UCGGGGUUCGGAAAGGGUAACUGUUCGGAGCACCUUGCCUGGGCACAGACUAGAAGGGCUGGACCAGAGCUCCAGGUUCCUGAUGUACUCCACGCUCCCUUCUCUUGAGGGUGACUCUGGAGUACCUGGUACCCCGCCCAGGGCCCCGCCCCUUCCCUAAGGGGUCUGCACCUGGCUUGCAGGACCCUGGUACCAAUGCCACCCUAGUACCCUUCUAACCAGUUUACGAGUUUCGGUCCUCACUUGCUAUGUUUGAAGGAGACCCGACUCCAGCUCAGCUUUGGGGGGUGCCUAUGGUUUGUUUCUGUGGCCAAGCCUUCAGAGUGACUGGCCUACCUUGAGGUCCACCCCAGAAUCGGAACAUCUGCGGAGGACCUCCCCAUCCACAAAGCCAGGGUCAGAAGAGCUCACACCAGAGGAUGCCCCUCUUCUUUCGGAAGCGGAAGCCCAGUGAGGAGGCUCGAAAACGCCUGGAGUACCAGAUGUGUCUGGCAAAAGAAGCUGGGGCAGAUGACAUUCUUGACAUCUCUAAGUGUGAGCUCUCCGAGAUUCCAUUUGGGGCUUUUGCAACGUGCAAAGUUCUACAGAAAAAGGUGUUGAUUGUCCACACAAACCACCUCACCUCCCUGCUUCCCAAGUCCUGCAGCCUCUUGAGCCUCGCCACCAUCAAGGUUCUGGAUCUCCAUGACAACCAGCUGACAGCCCUCCCUGAUGACAUGGGGCAGCUGACAGUCCUGCAGGUAUUGAAUGUGGAAAGGAAUCAACUCACGCAGCUCCCUCGCUCUAUUGGGAACCUGCUGCAGCUCCAGACCCUCAAUGUGAAAGACAACAAGCUGAAGCAGCUUCCUGACACCCUGGGGGAGCUGCGGAGCCUGCGUACCCUCGACAUCAGUGAAAACAACAUUCAGAGGCUUCCCCAGAUGCUGGCACAUGUGCGGACCCUGGAGACGCUGAGCCUCGACGCCUCGGCAAUGGUCUACCCCCCACCAGAGGUGUGUGGAGCUGGCACUGCGGCCGUGCAGCAGUUCCUCUGCAAAGAGUCAGGGCUGGACUAUUACCCCCCUUCUCAGUACCUGCUGCCAGUCCUGGAGCAAGAUGGAGCGGAGAGCUCCCAGGACAGCCCUGAUGGACCCACGAGCAGAUUCUCCAGGGAGGAGGCUGAAUGGCAGAAUCGGUUCUCCGACUACGAGAAGCGGAAGGAGCAGAAGAUGCUGGAGAAACUGGAGUUCGAGCGCCGCCUGGACCUCGGGCAGCGGGAGCACGCUGAGCUGCUACAGCAGAGCCACAGCCACAAGGACGAGAUCCUGCAGACAGUCAAGGAGGAGCAGGCACGGCUAGAGCAGGGCCUGAGCGAGCGCCAGCGCUGCCUGGAUGCAGAGCGGCAGCAGCUGCAGGAGCAGCUCAAGCAGACGGAGCAGAAUAUCUCCAGCCGCAUCCAGAGACUCCUGCAGGACAACCAGAGGCAGAAGAAGAGUUCUGAGAUUCUGAAAUCACUGGAGAAUGAGAGAAUAAGAAUGGAGCAGUUGAUGUCCAUCACCCAGGAGGAGACCGAGAACCUCAGACAGCGGGAGAUCGCAGCGGCCAUGCAGCAGAUGCUGACGGAGAGCUGUAAGAGCCGGCUCAUCCAGAUGGCCUAUGAGUCUCAGAGGCAGAGCCUGGUGCAGCAGGCCUGUUCCAGCAUGGCUGAAAUGGACAAGCGGUUCCAGCAGAUUCUGGCGUGGCAGCAGAUGGAUCAGAACAAAGCCAUCAGCCAGAUCCUUCAGGAGAGUGUGAUGCAGAAGGCUGCAUUCGAGGCUCUCCAGGUGAAGAAAGACCUGAUGCACCGGCAGAUCAGGAACCAGAUUAGGCUAAUAGAAACUGAGUUACUGCAGCUGACACAGCUGGAGUUAAAGAGGAAGUCCCUGGACACAGAGACGCUUCAGGAGAUGAUCUCGGAGCAGCGCUGGGCACUCAGCAACCUGCUCCAGCAGCUCCUCAAAGAGAAGCAGCAGCGCGAGGAAGAGCUCCGUGACAUCCUGGCGGAAUUAGAGGCCAAGAGUGAAACGAAGCAGGAGAAUUACUGGCUCAUCCAGUACCAGCGGCUUUUGAACCAGAAGCCUUUGUCCUUGAAGCUGCAGGAAGAAGGCAUGGAGCAGCAGCUGGUGGCCCUGCUGGUGGAGCUGUCUGCUGAGUGCUACCUGCCCCUCUUCGCCCACCACCGCAUCUCACUGGACACACUGAGCCGAAUGAGCCCCGGAGAUCUGGCCAAGGUGGGCGUCUCAGAAGCAGGCCUGCAACAUGAGAUCCUGCGGAGAGCCCGGGACCUGCUCAGUGUGUCCAGGGUCCAGCCAGAGUUGAAACCACUCAAGAAUGAGGUCCUUGGUGUCCCCGAGCCCCCCACAGCUCCUCCGGAGCUUCCUGAGGCAGUGAGACCAUCUGCUCCCCCAGCUGAACUGGAUAUGCCGACCUCAGAGUGUGUUGUGUGCCUGGAACGUGAGGCCCAGAUGGUCUUCCUCACCUGCGGCCAUGUCUGCUGCUGCCAGCAGUGCUGUCAGCCACUGCGCACCUGCCCGCUGUGCCGCCAGGAGAUCUCCCAGCGCCUCCGGAUCUAUCACAGUAGCUGAACGCACGGCGCCUGCCAGCCCUGCCCUCCCUUGGCGCCGUCCCCACCCCUGCUGGACUCCCACCUACCCGCAUUCCCCAGGCUAGGGCAAGACUGCCUUUGUCACCUCCUGCCACCCAGACCCCCACUGCUCUGAGCGUUGGCAGACAGGUGGGAUGUUCCUGGCCUGUGGCAUCGCUGUUCUGAACAGUGAGAAAGAGACAGGGCAAAUCUGGUGGUGGUGGGGCCUCGUGGCACAGGACUGAGGUCCAGAGUAUAGAGGUGGCCCUGCAGGACUCAGGAAUCCAUGUUACUAGCCAAGCCUCAGUGCUGCCCCCAGCUCUCUGCCCCUCCUGAAGGAGUCCAUAUCUGUGGAUGCAUCAGCCACCUGACCUAAGGCGCGGCAGUGUCUCUGGGAAGGGGAGGCUGCGAGACUUCCCAGCCCUCUUCUGCUUCUUUCUGAACAGCCAUCCUCCAUGUCUGUGCCCUUAGCCGGCACAGGCAGGUUGAUUCAAAGCAGGAGCACCAAUAAAUCUGACUCCCUCCCCGAGUCACCCCUAGGUCCAUGGGAACUUGGCAGGAGUAGGCGGGGUCCAGGGAGAGGCCAGUUCUGGGACAAAGGCCAGAGCUGCUGCACCUGGGUCAAAGGGAAGGCAGCAGAGACAUUGCCCAGUGGAGUUAGGCAAUGCCCUGUUAAACAGAGGGCAAGGGGACCAGCCAGGGGCGGGGCCGCAUUAUUCAUAAGCGGCCUGUGCUCCAUCGUGGGACAGGUUGUGUUCCCUGCAGUGAUGAUCCUAGGUGAGGGCUGUCAAGGCAACUGGGAGGCAUGUUAACUCUCAGAUGGGCAGCCUACCUUCACCAGCUGUAGUGAAGGGGGUUCCAUGAGACAUGGUACCCUUCUGCCCUCCCCGGUAUAGUGCGUACAGCCUACGGCAUGUGCUCAACAAAUACUACUUGAUGGGCUCUGGGGGAAACCAGCCUUUGCACCUAGCACAGGCCCACAGCCCACCCUCAUGGUGGACACACGGCAUUGAUCAGCCAUCAGAAGGCUCGUCACCUGGAAGCUUUAGAGCCUCUCCCCUUCUGAGCCUCAGUUUCCCCCUCUAAGAUAGGGGAUUGUAAGAACGGGUUAGGGAACGAGAUCUCAGUAAAGUGGGUGGCAUUUGGAAGUCUGAAUCUCCAGAACUCACAGAACCAGGCCAGGGCAUGGCAGACCCUGGGACUCACCAGCCAGCCAGGCUCUCCGAAUUAGUGCGUUCCAGGCUCAGAACACAAGGCUUCCACACGCACAUGUGAAUUUGUAUGGGUACAUAGACACGUGCAGGAGCACGCUCAGACCGGGGACCUGUAGCUCAUCUGAUGAGCCCAAGAACACGGAGAUGACUGGGUCCCUAGAUACCUAGGCCCGGAUCUCCCCCACCCCAGCAGCACAUGCGGAAGUGAGCUUUAAAUAAAGCAUUUAUUGAUGAGCAGAA